GCAAAAACGUGAAAGCACUGAUCACCUUUGCUACCAGUUAUAUUCCUCGAGUAUACAACUCCUAAUAAGCAAGAUCACAAGUGCUAUAGCGUCCGGCAAAAAAUGAGGCUGCUAGUCGUAUCCCUAGUCUUUGUGGCAACGAUCACUAUUACGAAAACACAAAAUGGAUACGCGACCAAACCAGGUUCAUGUCCACCUGCCUUACCUGUACAGUCCUGCGGACAAUCCUGCUACGUUGACGCACAUUGCGCGGGAAUCGGCAAAUGUUGUCAGACUCAAUGUGGCGGUUCCAUUUGCUCCAUGCCUGUCACGAUGACGCGACCUCAGAUAGCAAAGAAGCCAGGAUCUUGUCCAUCGGUACCGACAGGAAGAUGGGUGUGCACAUCGACUUGUAAUAGCGACAACGAUUGCAAAGGGACAUUUAAAUGUUGCAAAAAUAGAUGUGGAGCCCUAGCCUGUCAAAAACCAGAAAUACAAGAAUUCGUUGAAAAUCCAGUUGAAACGGUUUUUUCACGCUUCGGAAAUGAUUACAUUGAUUACUAUCCUUAAUUUAAAAUUUUAUAUGCUUAUUAUAUUUAUAUAAUAAUUAAUAAA